AAGUGGGAUUUUUUGCAAAAGUGGCCAUUCUUUUUAAAUGAAAUCUGGCCACGCUGGUUAUACAUGUAAUUUAUUGUCGCGAUUGAAAAAAUAAAUUAUUAGCUUAAUUUUUACAAAAUAAAGAUUGUGCAUGAUUUGGUUAAAAAUUUAAGAUUUGUAUAGAGUAGUGGAUAAAUCAUUCAACGAGGAACACAUCCAAAUGACUGUGACCAGCGCCCAUGUAACCAUGGAAGUACAAGUAAAGGCUCACCAGCCCGCCAAUCACCAGGGCCCAAGUAGCACCCAAAUUACAGCAAGUCCUUCGCCUUCAUAUUCCAAGGCAGCAGAGAACAAGAACUCGAACGACCAACUCAAGUUCCACGAUGAUGAACGAAAAAUUGAAGCCGCAGGCGGCGAAAACUCAACCGUAUUUUUGGCAAACACAAAAUUCCAUUUGGAUACAUACCCGGACAUUGUGGACACUGGCUACGGUGGAGCAUUUGUAGGUGGGGAAGAAGCUGGCAAUCAUCUGCUAAAUGAGCGACAGCAAUACCACCAUCAGGUUACUUGGUUGGACGAUGACAACAUUGAUACUUUGGAUUUGGCUACACUCGACAUUGGGAACAUGUUCAAUCGUGUAGAUAGUGCAGAGAUAAUAUACCAACAGAAAAAGAAAAAUAUCAAGAUGGUGGGAAAAUAUGUGAUGGGUGAUGUUCUUGGAGAGGGCUCAUAUGGCAAGGUAAAGGAAGUUUUAGAUUCCGAAAAUCUAUGUCGAAGGGCCGUGAAAAUUCUUACAAAACGUAAAUUGAGACGUAUACCAAACGGCGAACAGAAUGUACAACGCGAAAUUCAACUCCUUAAACAGUUAAAGCACAAGAAUGUUGUAGCGCUAUUGGACGUUUUGUACAACGACGAAAAGCAGAAAAUGUACUUGGUUAUGGAAUACUGUGUAGGAGGGCUACAGGAAAUGCUUGAUAGUGCUCCCGAAAAGAAAAUCCCCUUAUUCCAAGCACACCGCUAUUUUCGUCAACUGAUGAAUGGUCUGGAGUAUCUUCAUGGCAUGCGUGUAAUACACAAAGACAUUAAACCCGGAAAUCUUUUGCUAACACUAGAUGAAACAUUAAAAAUUUCUGACUUUGGUGUAGCCGAACAAUUAGAACUAUUUGCUCCAGAUGACACAUGCACCACAGGUCAAGGUUCUCCUGCAUUUCAACCACCGGAGAUAGCAAAUGGACUUGAUUCUUUUUCUGGCUCUAAAGUUGAUAUUUGGAGCAGUGGCGUAACCUUAUACAAUCUUUGCACGGGUCUCUACCCCUUUGAAGGAGAUAACAUUUAUCGAUUGUUGGAAAAUAUUGGUAGAGGACAAUGGGAAGCUCCUGAUUGGUUGUAUAAGUUAGAUAGUAAACUUGCUGUUUUAAUACUGGGCAUGUUGCAAGCAGACCCUGAUAAGCGUUAUACUAUACAGCAAAUUAGAAAAGAUCCAUGGUUUAUAUCCGCUCCUGAAGAAAAAGGACCACCGAUACCCAUUCCACCAUUGAAAAAUGACAAAUACCGUCGUUCUACAGUACUGCCUUAUCUAGAUGCUUAUCAUUAUGAAACGGAAAGAGAUUUAGAAGAAGUAUACUUCACCGAACACGAUUUAAAUCAGGAACUUGCACGAAAAGCGGCAGCAGCUGCUGCUGAAAUUAAAGCUCAACAACAGCAUAAUACGUUUACGGGGAUGGGGGCCUCUUCUAGUGGUUUUCAUACUUCCUGUUCUAAUUCAGCUUCACAUCAUACCAAAGAGAAGAAGUCAUCAUCCCUGAAAAGGCGGGCCAAAAAACUCACGUCCUGCAUUUCCGUGCGUAAAUUGUCAAAUUGUCGACCAUCCUAGAAGGCUUUCAAACAACAUACACACACUGAUCCAAACACACAAAGGCUUUUUAGUAACAACCAAUAGUUACUAUGUUUUCGUUUGUUUUUUUUUUUUCUAAGUAGAAACAUUCAACCUCCCACAAAUUAAACAAAUUAUCUAUGUAUAAAUUAAGAAAUCAUAUAAAAAUAUUUACAAUUACA